UGUCAACAAUGACCUUACGUGUUUUUUUGUUAUUAGAGUUUAGAAACAAUAUUGCAAUAUACGAUGAAAUCUAAAACUUUUACAGUCAUUACAGAGAUUUUAUCGGUAAACAUAUGCUACAGUGAACGACGCAAUCAUGUUAUUCAUAGGUAGGACAAACAAAACCGAAAAAAUGAAGUGCGGUUGUAAUUGGAAAAUCAACACAAAAAUGAUCGUAGAUAGAUGUAAAACUGUGCUAAUUUUAUCAAGUUUGGUGUGUACGAUAUCAGUUAUAAUAGCGCUGCACAAAUUGUUAAACUACGAAGUGAAAUUAGCGAAGCCAUUUGCACCCAUACCAGAUGGUUUGUAUGGUACUUAUUUGGAACCCAUUUCUGAAGAGAAUCCGGUUCCGCCCCCACUGAGAUCAUUUGACAAAACUCGCGAUGCCGAAGCAGUUGUUUCUCUGAACGCUGCUUUGGAAAUGAAAAAGGUAGGCAAAGAUGACAAAGCAUUGAAAUUGUUUCAACAUGCUUUCGCCUUAUCUCCGAAACACCCCGACAUACUCAACCACUACGGUGAGUUCUUAGAAGAUACGAAGAAGGAUGUGGUCAAGGCUGACCAGCUUUAUACUUUAGCUUUAACAAAUUAUCCUGAGCAUACUGGAGCUUUAGAGAACAGGCAGCGCACUGCCAGCAUAGUGGAGAACUUAGACAGAGAAAUGUUACGGAAGAUUGAUGAGAAGAGAGAUGCACUACUAUCUAUACCUGAAAGUAACUCAGCUUUAAGGAGAGCAAAGAAAGAAGCAUACUUCCAGCACAUUUACCACACUGUUGCCAUUGAAGGAAAUACCAUGACACUGCAGCAGACUAGAAGUGUUUUAGAAACUAGGAUAGCAGUAUCAGGGAAAAGUAUAGAUGAGCAUAAUGAAAUCUUAGGUCUAGAUGCAGCUAUGAAGUACAUUAAUUCCACACUGCUGUACAGAUUACGGGCAAUCACGAUGGGUGAUAUACUGGAGAUUCACAAAAGGGUGUUGGGUCAUGUGGAUCCUAUUGAGGGAGGUCAGUUCCGCAGAACACAGGUUUAUGUUGGUGGGCACAUACCGCCUGGACCCUCGGAGAUACAGAGGCUGAUGAUACAGUUCUUGGAGUGGUUGAACUCAGAAGAUGCUUUGGACUUGCAUCCUGUUAGAUAUGCAGCGCUUGCCCACUACAAACUAGUUCACAUACAUCCAUUCAUAGACGGUAACGGCCGCACGUCUAGACUUCUCAUGAACUUGCUGCUGAUGCAGGCAGGGUACCCACCGGUGAUCAUCGCUAAGCAGCAUCGUCAUUUGUAUUACCAACACUUGCAGACUGCCAACGAGGGUGAUGUCAGACCUUUUGUUAGAUUCAUAGCGCAAUGUACGGAGCGAACUCUAAACCUGUAUCUAUGGGCUACCAGCGAGUACUCGCACAUGGUUCCUGCGAUCGGCGAUCCGCACAUACUUACCGGCGAAGGCUUCGAAGAUGACAUGCUGUGAAACCUGAUACUGGGGAAAUAACGGUAACAGUGACUGUCACUACUGAACCCAAAAUUGCCAUGGCUAGUAUUGGUUCUUUAGAUUAAGUAGGAAAUUCAACUGUGACUUUGGAACAUGUAUUGUAACUUUUUUGUGAAAUUCUAAAUUCAAUCAAUUACGUUUUUUUAAACAAUAAAAUCGCGAUUAAAGAAUUACUGAGUUGUAAAUUAAAUUAAAUGCAAAAAAUAUGUUCCAUGUUGUAUUAUACUGUUCUUUAUAGUAUUCUUUGUAAAUAACCCUUGUGGUGCAUUUCAAAUUGUAAAUAAGUGUUAUGUUAUGUUAUAUUUUCUUCCAUUGUGCUAACACGCCUGCUGGCAGGUGACUAGUGGCUCUGUACACGGAUUGUUUAGCUGUUUGUUUUAUAUCGAGUAUUGUAUAAAAUAAUAUGACUUAUGACGAACUUCUAUACAAUGUCUUAACUCCUUGCAUUUGCCCUUGCCGGUGCGCGGAUCCACGCGAGACAAAUUUGAUUUUCUAUUGUUCUCUAAUUAGCGGCAUUCAACCACUUAAGCCCAAAUUAAGGGGAUAAAUAAUUGUCAAAAAUUUAUAUGUUUACUACAAAUUGCAGGCGAGCUAUUCAACGGAGCAUAAAAAAAAACUUAACUUACUACACUAAUUUUAAAAAGCAGACUGUUAAGGCAUUGUUUAUAGGCAAAUUGAAUAAAGUUUAUAUUACUUUAUCUAACUUACGCUCAUAAAAGGGCCAUGACAAGUUAUUAAUGUGUACUAAAUUAACUAAAACCAAAGAAAUCUAUAACUUUGUAAUAUUGACUUGCAGGAUAGAGAUUAUGUGCUAGCAGCAUUUGCGUAGUUUUAGAAAUGUGAUCUUAUUAAACUUUUGGCACAGGCAAAUAAGUGCUUCCACGACUAUUACAAAAUAACUUUUAUACCUACAUUUUCAUUUGUAAAGCCAUCAAGCUGCGAUAACUUUGUUACAGGAAAACAAACAGGUUUUUUAAAACUCCACCAAAAUUGUAAAUAUUCACAAAAAUCACUAGGAAUAUGCUGUGAUAAUUGAUUAUUUAUUUAUUAUUUUCUAAUUAGAAUGCACAAAUUUUCGGGUGAAGGAAGACUAGAUGAAAAUUGUUAAUUUAUUUUGUGUAGGAUUAGUAUUUAGAAUGUAUUCAACUGUAAGUUGAUACACAAAGUGCUAUUUAGCAUGUUUCUAAAUUUUAAUAAAUUCUUUAAAAUUGUUCUUUGCCAUAAUAUUAAAUUGAACAUUAACUAAAAAUUGCGUUGAAACUAUCUUAUUUAAAUGUUUUAUUUUUAUUUUUUAUUAACGCAAUAUAAUAAAUACAACGCGCCCUUCCGCCUAACUAAAAAAUGUUCUAGAAUAUUUCUAAUGUACCAUAAUGCUAAGGGCCGAUGUGAUGUUAUCAUUACUUUACCAAUGAUGUGUGUUAUUCAAAAAUAUUACCAGCAGUUGCAAUUUUAGAAGUAAAACAUGAAAAAUACAAUACUAGGAGCAAUUUUCAAAUACCUUUAUGAUUAAUCUCUUAACUUUUUUAUUUUCCACGAAGUUGCAACUGGCUGGCGAUCCUACUAUUUUAAAUCAUAUAACAUGAAUUAUCCCAAAUAUGUACUUAUGUGGUUUGUGUUGUCUUCCAGUAUUUAUGUGCGACUAUUUAUUUGCAUUUCCAUGAUACCAGUACAAACUUGCUCUAAAUAUAGAAGCUAAGUUCUUUGAA